AUGUCCAGCACAGGGCAUUCAGAAGUCGACAUGGAGUCGUCGUCGGCAUUCUCGCCGUCCGAGCCCGCUGUUGACAGUGUUUUCGUUUCGAAACACAAUCAAAGUGCAGAAAUAUACCAAGUCUUCAAAGACGACGUGGACACACUGCUCUCUGGCAGAACUCCGCAACAUGAGCAUUCUGUACUUAUACAGAGAAUACAUCACACUUGCGGAAAUAUGUACGUGGUUUUUGAAGACGAGAAACAACAUCUCAUGAGUGAUGUGCUGUUGACUUGGGCGAUGAAGCAGCAGAAGGUGAGCAUCGGGACAUUGUGGACCCAACAACUCCACUACAAACAACUGGACAUGAUUCAUUUGCAGUUCGAGUACUUUGGAGAGUUGUUGCAGCAAACGCUUUCUGGAUUGACUUAUCUAAGGCAGUAUUUCCCCAAUGCGUCGUUUGACGAGGCAUUCAACAAGUUCUGCAGUAUGGCGCACUACUUUCUCUACUAUUCAGUGAUCGUAAGUCGUCAGCCUCCGUCGGUGAUCGUCAAGUGCGGUGAAGCAGAGAAUCAUCGACGAAGCCGGUUCUGGUUCAACACCGAGAUUAGGGUGCUCGGUGGACAGGCGUUCGGAGUUGAAGCGGUUGGUCAAGGGACUGACGUCAAAUGCUACCUGAUAACGGACGACACAGCCAAGCAGCUCUUGAACAAUGCAUACUUGGAGAUAUUUGAAUCAGAAGAGUUUUGCAUUGAACCGUCGUCAGCCGUCUUCCAAAAGAAGGACACUAGAGGACUAAGGGCGAAAUUCGAUGACAUGCGCGUUGCGAAAAAAACCCAACUACGUCGCGACUCUGUUGCGUCAAAGCGCUACUGUCUCUGUUAUAGCAUUCAUCUAAAAACUAACUGUGGAUUGGAACUGGUUGGAAAAAAAGUGUCCCUUCCAUUUGCAGUGUUGGUUGGUCCGAAAUCCGACGUUGAAGCGAGAUUGUUCCUGGAGAGGUCAUUUGCUGAUUUGGUUCGACAUCCACUUUCCGACAUUCCGACCCAUGUCAGCUGUGCCGAAAUGGCGGAUGCUUUGGAAUUGAAAUUUCAGGCGAUUGUGGAAACACCGCAGAAAAACGCAGAUGUUCCAGCCGUGGUUCAACCACGGAUGUUCACCAUGCAGGUAUUUCUAAAGCCCACUCAGUCCUUUCUGAAGUUUUUCCAGUUACCAGUUGCCGAAGAGUACCAACUUCGAAAGAACUCCACAACAGAAGGAGAAUGGAAAUUGGUGCCGUUCUUCGACUGGUUCUUCAAGUUAGCUGAGAUUGUAAACAAGUAUUUGUACAGCAUGUGGUACGAUGGGCUCGUUUACGGCUUCUGCAGUAAAGAGGAUUCAGAAAAUCUUCUACGUUGUGUACCACGCUCGGUCUUGUUGGUUCGCUUCUCGGAUAUCGAAUAUGCGAAAAUAAAAAUUUCUGUAAAAGAUAAAAAUGGAGAAAUUCGCCAUCACUGGUAUGAACACUGCGAUUUGAACGCUAGAGUUCUCUCAAAAGAACUUCUGGUAAACCAACGAUUCGCUCAAGUGGACUUGAUAUAUCCGGACAUCGAUAUGGAAGUCGCCCUUGGUGGACGGGAGAAACCUCGCAUACGAGUUCCACGAAAUCUUCAACCGGACGAGAUUUAUUUUGAGAACCAAGGCGCUGCAACGUCUGCGUUCUAG